UAAGCCUAUAUAAAGCCGCUGUCCAGUUUUCUCUCACCCUUUCACUCUCUCACAACCGCAGCGUCUCUCUCUCCGCUGCUGCUCCGUCGAUUUAUUUUCUCGUUCGAUCUCAGAGGGAGAGACUGCAAUCAUGUUGGUCUACCAGGAUCUUCUCACAGGUGACGAGCUACUCUCCGACUCCUUUCCAUACAAGGAAAUCCACAAUGGUGUGCUUUGGGAAGUUGAGGGCAAGUGGGUUGUUCAAGGAGCAGUUGAUGUAAACAUUGGCGCUAAUCCUUCUGCUGAAGGUGCUGAUGAGGAUGAGGGUGUUGAUGACCAAGCUGUUAAGGUGGUUGACAUUGUUGACACAUUCAGGCUCCAGGAACAACCUGCUUUUGAUAAGAAGCAAUUUGUCACAUACGUGAAGAGGUACAUCAAGUUGUUGACACCCAAGCUAGAAGGAGAGAAGCAAGAGGAGUUCAAGAAAAACAUUGAGGGAGCAACUAAGUUCUUGCUCACAAAACUCAGUGACCUUCAAUUCUUCGUUGGUGAGAGCAUGCAUGAUGAUAGUUCCCUGGUGUUUGCCUACUACAAGGAUGGUGCCACUGACCCAACAUUUCUGUAUUUUUCCCAUGGUUUGAAGGAGGUGAAGUGCUAAAAGGUUGGGCAGCUGGCUUUAAAGAUGAAGUGCUUGCUGUAAUUCUAGUUUUAUUUAUUGCCUGCCCUUUUCCUAGUGUUACCUCUCUAAUGGUUAGACUUGAGGUAUUGGGUCUGCUUAUUUGCGUUAAUUGUGGGUUUCAGUUUCUAUUUAUUGUGUUUUAUGUUUUGGUUGACUGGGCAAAUAACAACGUAUGUGUAUUGCGUUCUUCAAUUUUGCCAAUGCCAAUUUAUGAAUUUUGUUAUUACCGAUA